AUGCAAUCUUUGGGGGUUUCUGGAAAUAGAGAGGUCAUGCAGUCUGGAACCUGUGAGCCUUUUCAAUCUCUAAGCCAUCAGAGAAAUGAUGAAGAAGCAGUUGUGGAUAGAGGUGGAACUCGUUCUAUUCUCAAAACACACUUUGAAAAAGAGGAUUUAGAAGGUCACCGGACUCUCUUCAUUGGCGUUCAUGUGCCCCUGGGAGGAAGAAAAAGUCAUCGACGUCACAGGCACCGUGGUCAUAAACACAGAAAGAGAGACAGAGAAAGAGAUUCAGGUUUAGAGGAUGGAAGGGAGUCACCUUCUUUUGACACCCCAUCACAGCGAGUACAGUUUAUUCUUGGAACUGAGGAUGAUGAUGAGGAACACAUUCCUCAUGACCUUUUCACCGAACUGGAUGAGAUUUGCUGGCGAGAAGGUGAGGAUGCCGAGUGGCGAGAAACAGCCAGGUGGUUGAAGUUUGAAGAAGAUGUGGAAGAUGGAGGAGAAAGGUGGAGUAAGCCUUAUGUAGCAACUCUUUCAUUGCAUAGCUUGUUUGAAUUGAGAAGUUGUAUUCUGAAUGGGACCGUGCUGCUGGACAUGCAUGCCAAUACUUUAGAAGAAAUUGCAGAUAUGGUCCUUGACCAACAAGUGAGCUCAGGUCAGCUCAAUGAAGAUGUACGUCACAGAGUCCAUGAGGCACUGAUGAAACAGCAUCACCAUCAGAAUCAGAAAAAACUAACCAAUAGGAUUCCCAUUGUUCGUUCAUUUGCUGAUAUUGGCAAAAAACAGUCAGAACCAAAUUCCAUGGAUAAAAAUGCAGGUCAGGUGGUGUCACCUCAAUCUGCUCCAGCUUGUGUUGAAAACAAAAACGAUGUGAGCAGAGAAAACAGCACCGUUGAUUUUAGCAAGGUUGAUCUGCACUUUAUGAAAAAGAUUCCUCCAGGAGCUGAAGCUUCAAACAUCCUAGUUGGGGAACUCGAAUUUUUGGAUCGAACAGUAGUUGCGUUUGUCAGGUUGUCUCCAGCUGUUCUGCUUCAAGGGCUGGCUGAAGUCCCAAUCCCAACCAGAUUUUUGUUCAUUCUUCUGGGACCCCUGGGAAAGGGUCAACAGUACCAUGAGAUUGGCAGAUCAAUUGCAACCUUAAUGACAGAUGAGGUAUUUCAUGAUGUAGCUUACAAAGCUAAAGAUCGGAAUGACUUGGUGUCAGGAAUAGAUGAAUUUCUAGAUCAGGUUACUGUUCUCCCUCCUGGAGAAUGGGACCCAAGCAUUCGAAUAGAGCCUCCAAAAAAUGUACCUUCCCAGGAGAAAAGGAAGAUUCCUGCUGUACCAAACGGAACAGCAGCUCAUGGGGAAGCAGAGCCCCAUGGAGGACAUAGUGGACCUGAACUCCAGCGAACAGGAAGGAUUUUUGGGGGCCUUAUUUUAGAUAUCAAAAGAAAAGCUCCCUACUUCUGGAGUGACUUCAGAGAUGCUCUCAGCCUGCAGUGCUUAGCGUCUUUUCUGUUUCUGUACUGCGCAUGUAUGUCUCCAGUCAUCACGUUUGGAGGACUGUUGGGAGAAGCAACCGAAGGUCGUAUAAGUGCAAUCGAAUCUCUCUUUGGAGCAUCCAUGACCGGGAUAGCCUAUUCUCUCUUUGGUGGACAGCCUCUUACCAUAUUAGGCAGUACAGGACCAGUUUUGGUGUUUGAAAAGAUUUUGUUUAAGUUUUGCAAAGAAUAUGGGUUGUCCUACCUAUCUUUAAGGGCUAGUAUUGGACUUUGGACUGCAACCCUGUGUAUCAUACUUGUGGCCACUGAUGCAAGCUCUCUUGUCUGCUAUAUCACCCGGUUUACUGAAGAAGCUUUUGCUUCCCUCAUUUGCAUCAUUUUCAUUUAUGAGGCCCUAGAGAAGCUGUUUGAACUCAGUGAAGCGUAUCCCAUCAACAUGCAUAAUGAUUUGGAUCUGCUGACACAAUACUCGUGUAAUUGUGUGGAACCUCACAAUCCCAGCAAUGAUACAUUGAAAGAAUGGAAGGACUCCAAUAUAUCCUCCUCUGACAUAAUUUGGGAGAAUUUAACUGUGUCGGAAUGCAAAUCAUUGCAUGGAGAGUAUGUUGGGCGAGCCUGUGGCCAUGAACACCCGUAUGUUCCAGAUGUUCUAUUUUGGUCAGUGAUCCUGUUCUUUUCCACAGUUACUAUGUCAGCUACUCUGAAGCAGUUCAAGACCAGCCGAUAUUUUCCAACAAAGGUUCGAUCGAUAGUGAGUGACUUUGCUGUCUUUCUUACAAUUUUGUGUAUGGUUUUAAUUGACUAUGCCAUUGGAAUUCCAUCUCCAAAACUACAAGUGCCGAGUGUCUUCAAGCCCACAAGAGAUGACCGUGGCUGGUUUGUGACACCUUUAGGUCCAAAUCCAUGGUGGACAAUAAUAGCUGCUAUUAUUCCAGCUUUGCUUUGCACUAUUCUAAUUUUUAUGGACCAACAGAUUACAGCUGUCAUCAUUAACAGAAAAGAACAUAAGCUAAAGAAAGGUUGUGGGUACCAUCUGGACCUACUAAUGGUAGCUGUUAUGCUUGGUGUGUGUUCCAUCAUGGGCCUGCCAUGGUUUGUGGCUGCCACAGUCCUCUCCAUCACGCAUGUCAACAGCCUAAAACUGGAAUCCGAAUGUUCAGCUCCAGGAGAGCAACCCAAAUUUCUCGGCAUUCGAGAACAAAGGGUUACUGGGCUUAUGAUUUUUGUUCUAAUGGGUUCAUCAGUUUUUAUGACCAGUAUUCUAAAGUUUAUUCCCAUGCCAGUGCUAUAUGGAGUGUUUCUUUAUAUGGGUGCUUCAUCUCUAAAGGGAAUUCAGUUGUUUGAUAGAAUAAGGCUCUUUUGGAUGCCUGCAAAACAUCAACCAGAUUUUAUAUACCUAAGGCACGUACCUCUUCGAAAAGUUCAUCUCUUCACAAUUAUUCAGAUGAGUUGCCUUGGCCUUUUGUGGAUAAUAAAAGUUUCAAGAGCUGCUAUUGUGUUCCCCAUGAUGGUAUUAGCUCUAGUAUUUGUAAGAAAGUUAAUGGACUUGCUAUUUACCAAACGGGAACUCAGCUGGUUGGAUGAUUUAAUGCCUGAGAGUAAGAAAAAGAAACUGGAAGAUGCUGAAAAAGAAACUUUGCUCAGUCAUUUAGUGAGGCUGGUUGAAGCCACAAAGUCUGAUGAGCUUUCUGUUCAGAUAGAUGAUCCAUCUGUGAUAAAUAUUUCUGAUGAAAUGUCCAAAACUGCUUUGUGGAGAAAUCUUCUGAUUACCGCUGAUAACUCAAAAGAUAAGGAGUCAAGCUUUCCUUCUAAAAGCAAUGAAAGCCGAAAAGAGAAGAAAGCUGACUCAGGGAAAGGUGUUGACAGGGAGACUUGUCUAUGA